GGGAAGUAUUGCGGUGGUUGGACGUGCUUUUAUGCUCCUGAUACCGAGCUGCAUACACACUGUGACUGUGCUAAUGCACAAAUCGUCGUCUGCUCCGCUCGAGAUGGAAAGAAAAGGACCAAAUCGCUCGCGUGGUACCCCGGAGCACGUGGCCGGCGCUAUGCUCAUUGUCGGCGUCACGGUCGCCCUUUGGAUCUGACUUGAUUUUUUGCCUGUCUUCUCCCAACUGCCUUUGCCGUGUCCCUGCUGUUGUUCUCCGAACUCGACCUAACAACUUCAACAUUUAUCUCUCAUCUUCGCUAUGGGUCAAUCACCAUCUCAAUUUAUGGAGGACAUGCAAAAACGGUCCAACUUCACACAACCCGAACUCGAACGGUUGAAAAAGCGGUUCAUGAAGCUGGAUAGUGAUGGCUCAGGAUCGAUAGACCGUGCAGAGUUCCUCCAGAUACCCCAGAUUGCGACAAACCCACUGGCGUCCAGAAUGAUUGCUAUCUUUGAUGAGGAUGGUGGUGGAACUGUAGAUUUCCAGGAGUUUGUGGGAGGACUUAGUGCAUUCAGUAGCAGAGGUGGUAGAGAAGAGAAGCUAAAGUUCGCUUUCAAGGUGUACGACGUUGAUCGGGAUGGUUAUAUCUCAAAUGGCGAAUUGUUCCUUGUCUUGAAGAUGAUGGUAGGAAACAAUCUGAAAGAUCGAGAGCUACAGCAGAUCGUUGACAAGACAAUAAUGGAGGCUGAUAAGGACGGCGAUGGUAAACUCAACUUCGAAGAGUUCGCGUUGAUGGUGUCAAACACAGAUAUUGUGAAACAAAUGACGCUAGAGGAUCUUUUCUAGGCCGUUUCUCUUCUUUUGACGACAACUCACGCACACAUUCCCUCGUUUUCGUUGUCAACGCUAUUAUGCUGAUGAUUCUCUAAUCUUUGUCUUGACCGACUACGGACUACUUUAUUCUAG